GGAAUAAUUUAUUUACGGAGAAAGAAAUGAAAUUGGGGAACAAUAAGAAUAGCACAAAUUGGACUUCCUUGGUCGUAUUGUUAUAGGCCAGUGUGUUAACUCGAAAAGGCGGGGUUGUUUGGCUGCAAAUCUGGAAAGACUAUAUGCAUAACUGAGCUCUACAAACAGGAAUGAUUAAUAACCAACAGCAUCCCUUGGAUGAUUAAGUACCAGCGCCUGCCAUUUCUCUUGGGUAACUUUUGAAGUUGCGUCUGUCGUGAAGGGGUCUUACCUGCUAGUAGCAAAUACGAAAGGACCGCUGCAACCCUGAGCAAGCCCCUCAUUCUGCUCCACCACGGAGAUUAAACACCUGGAAAAAAAAAAGAGAAAAAAGCAACAGACCAUAAGAGGAAAGCUUGCAAUCUUCGCUGUAUCAAGUAACUUGGUUUCAACAUAUCGAUUAUAACCAACGAGAGCGCAACCAUCACUUCGUAGAUCCACCUGCCUUGGAUAUAGCCCCAGAACUCGACUGAAAACUCGUAAAAAUGGGCAGAAUUUUCGGUAUCUUUCUCAUUGUAGUGUGCAUCGUACCAGCUUUCUCUAGUACUUCCAACUAUACCGACAGUUUAUCAUUUCCAAUGGAAGACAUCAAGAAAGACCAGACAUACAAUCCCAUUAAUUCACAGCAAGAUGAUAAUGAACUGCGUCUCAUCAAAGACCUGUUCUUCCGUGGCUACAACAAAAAUGUAAGACCAGUGGAGGACAAAUCCAUGCCAGUGGAAGUGAAAUUUGGCAUUGCCUAUACACAAGUUGUUGACUUGAUCGAAAAAGAUCAAGUUCUUAUCAGUAAUAUAUGGGUCCGGAUGAACUGGAAUAACCAUUUACUGCGGUGGAACGCGUCAGAAUAUGGUGGUAUUGAUAAGUUGAACAUCUCACCUACACUCAUGUGGCUGCCGGACAUAGUUCUUCACAACAAUGCGGAGGAAAAUGUGCCAGCGGGUACCUUGUACCAGUUUAAGACUAAAGUCCAGUUAUUCAACGAUGGCCUCUGUGUGUGGUAUGCGCCCACGAUCAUACAAAGCGGUUGCAACAUCGACAUCACCUAUUUCCCUUUUGAUGACCAGCUUUGCGAGCUGAAGUUCGGAUCAUGGACGUACAAUGGCUUAGAGGUGAACAUUGUCCAAAUGCUAGACCAGGCAGAUCUGAAAUUCUACAUGAAAAGCUCUGAGUUCCAGCUCAUAUCUGCAAAAGCCAAACGCAAUGUCAACACAUUCAGCUGCUGUCCCGAGCCCUACCCAACAUUAUCCUUCUACAUCCACCUUCGCCGCGACCCUGGCUUCUAUCUGUUCAACAUCAUCAUCCCGUGCCUGGUCCUGACCGGGCUGAGUGUCAUGACAUUCAUGCUUCCCCCUGAAUUCGGCGAGCGGAUCACUCUGGUCAUCGAGUCCUUCUUCGCAAUGUCCGUCAUCAUCUUGAAUAUUUCCGAUCAGAUUCCGGUCACUUCCGACGCCACUCCGAUCCUAAUGUCGAUGCUUCUUAUUGGUAUGUUUCAAAUCGGAGGAUGCCUGAUCGCGAAUACCGUCUCAUUGAACUUAUACAAGGACUGCGAAAUGCCUCAGUGGGUCCGAGUAUUCAUUCUACACUAUCUUGCGCGCUGUCUUUGCAUCAAGAUCGAAGAAUCUGGCUCCGAGGUCGAGAUACCCAAAGCUAUCAACUUCAAGCUUGAUGACAUCGAGAAACGGCAGAGCAAGUUACUCGGCGCACGCAUGUACCGUGUGAAUAACUGCUACAGCGAGCUGUCAAGCACUCCUAACGUCAACGUCCUUGACCAAAAAAAGCCGUAUGACACAUUUGACUCGCCUCAGUUUUCCAAGAUCGCGGAUGGCUUCAGAGAGCUUGGUCGCCACAGUCUACGCAACACGUGUUCCGCCCGGGAUCGUGAGUUCUGGAGUUUCUAUUGCAUCGUAAUGGAUCGUGUCUUCUUCAUUAUAUUCCUUCUCAUGUUUAUAUUUUCCUUCUGGAAAAUCUUCGGUGAGGUCCCGUCCCAUUACAGGUUCCCGUUCUAGCGGUAAUUAAGUUAUUGGGAACAACAGACAAAAGUUUCGCCUCGUGACCACGCAUGCGCGCAUAGAUGAUGUGUGCUUGACUGAUGUGAGGCCUCACGUGGUAAGACUUGCUGUAAAGUGUACAAGUAAUGACAAGAGUUUUGCUUCGUAAGAUUGCAUGCGCGGGGGGCAAAGUGCGCUAAAUGGUUUGUGGGUUUGCAAGUCAAGAAUGGCUACCAUUUGUGUAUACUGGGACAAGGGAUUUUCAAAGAAAACAUUUACCGUUAUCAGCUAUAUUUGAUUAGCUAUAACAGAGUUGAUAUCAUAUUAUUCACUUAAGAAUCUUGUAUAUUAUUAUAUAGAAAAGUUGAAGCGAAACGCGGGAGGCGUUAAAUAGAGGGAAACGUUUAUUAGAGAGGGGCGUUCAAUACAAACUUGAAAGCUUAGGGGGAGGGCGUUAAUUAUAUAUGGGAGGGGUUCUUUAGAUAGGGGAGACUGUUGAAUGAAUGUUGAGCAAAAUCUUACAGAGUAUAUAGUAAUAUCAUCAUCGCUUUUCGUAUCGAAUUCACUGAAGAGAGUAGCGUGUAUUUACCUAUAUUUAUUUCAAUAAGAUAGCAAACCUCCUGAGUAAAUACAAUAUUAUAAAGCGAUUACAGAGAAAGCUUACAGAUAGAGUGCAAAUCGCGAAAUAAAUUGGAAAAUGCAAAUCUGUGGGUGUUUAAAUGAUGGAGCCGUGGUUAUGGUAGGAGGAAUGCCCUUUAGUGUCUAGCCAGAUAUAAUUUAUUUUUAUAUUAGGUAUUUUAAGAGUCUCUAAUGUGACGUCCGAUUUCUUAUAUAUAUUGAUUGGCACUUUGUUCUUCUGAAACACACACCUAGCCAGGUGUAUUUUGUCAAAGCACAGAGCAUCAAAUUUUAAGAAAUGGAAGUGGUGUAAAAACCGAUAACGGUACCACAAAUACUGCUUUAAAGAGAAAAUAAAAGGACUCCCGUUUUCAUGUUUUAGCCUUAGGUUCGGAAUCACUAAUGUAACCUAGCAUAACCCUAUUCAUGUGGUGGAAUUUUUUCAGUUCAUUCAAUAAAGCCGCACUAAUUAAAUGAAUCGUGAAGAAUAGAAAUAAAGUCUUCGUAAAUUCAGACGUCCGUAAAGCACAAUAAAGCUUGAAAACAAAUGUGAGAAUAAUAUAAUAAUAUUAUAAUUUUAUAUAUUAUAUAGAAAAGUCGACUUAGAGCCUAAAUCUUCUCGCCACAUCAAAUACCUAAACCUCUGUGUUUGUCUUAGCUCUGUCCGUUGUGGACAGUGGCGUAGCCAGGGUUGUUAACAGAAGGGGCCCAAAAGGCCUUUUAAAGGCAUUUUCUCCUGAAAAAUCCUGCUGUAUUUUUGGCUGAUAGAAGGGGCCCCCCUGGCUACGCCACUGAAAAAUAUCUACUCAGUGAAUCGGUGUUGUCUCUGUAGAUGCAACUUUCGUAUAAGGUUAGAUUUGUUAAUCAGCUGACUUUGGCCAGUACGAGACAACUGAGAUGUAAGGAUAAAGUCAAGUUAUAAUUUGAUCUCGGUGGAUAUCCAAGAAUGAGCUAGCUAGGCAAGGAAAAAGUGAAAA